AUGAAGAAAUGGAAGGCAAGACUUUUCCCAAGGCCACCAAACAACCAGAAAGGCAGGUACUUAAGGCUCCCAUGUUCAGCAAUGUUUCUAAUAGACUUUUGCCUCUGUGUUCCCUGGACACCACCAUUCCAGUGCAAGAUUUCCAGGGUUGAAUUCAUAAUUGGGAUAUGGGACUUCCUUGAGGUCAUGACGAGGACAAGCAAAUUAUUUGUGUGCAGACAGCCCAAUCCCAGAAGGAGCUUGGGAAUACAGCAGUAGGCUUUAAAGCUUUCCUAUCUUUCACCUAUGCUUCUGGAAUCCUCAAGUUGUGUUGACUCACCUGGGAACACUGCUGGCUCCAGAAUUCCAAGCUUCAGUAAUUUUAUAAAAUAA